UUCUGUCUAUAUAUCUAUAUCUAUCCACCAUAAUCAUCCAUGAUCCAUAUAAUUUGAAAUCCCAAAACUCCCAGAAACAACAGUUGGGAACAAUGGCAAGCAUUGCUACCACCUGUUCUUCUGCUUUGAUUUUCAGAAGAAAAGAAUCAAUAAGCAACAACAAUGGAGGUUCUAUGCUUCACUACAAUGGGCUUAGAGCCAUUGAGGUCAAUCAGAUUGCUGUCUCAUCUGGGUUCAACCCUGCUUGGUCCGCUUCUACUUCAGCUUCAAAAUCUAGAGCAAUCAAGGCCAUGGCGGCUCCAACUGUUUCAGCUCCCAAACGAGAAACGGACCCAAAGAAGAGGGUUGUGAUAACAGGAAUGGGACUUGUUUCUGUUUUCGGCAACGAUGUUGACACAUUCUAUGACAAACUUCUAGAGGGUCAGAGCGGAAUCACUCUAAUAGACAGAUUCGAUGCUUCCUCUUUUACUGUUCGUUUUGCUGGUCAGAUUCGUGAUUUUUCUUCAGUAGGCUACAUCGAUGGGAAAAACGAUCGUCGUCUUGAUGAUUGCUGGAGAUAUUGUUUGGUUGCCGGCAAAAAGGCCCUCGAGGAUGCAAACCUUGGCCAAGAAGUUCUUGAAACAAUGGACAAAACACGAAUUGGAGUUCUAGUUGGCUCGGGUAUGGGAGGGUUGACGGCUUUUAGCAACGGAGUGGAAGCACUUAUUCAGAAGGGAUUCAAGAAAAUCACUCCGUUUUUCAUCCCUUACUCCAUCACCAACAUGGGAUCGGCAUUGUUGGCCAUAGAUACGGGUUUAAUGGGCCCGAAUUACUCGAUUUCGACAGCUUGCGCAACCGCAAACUACUGCUUUUUUUCUGCUGCAAAUCACAUUAGAAGAGGAGAUGCCGAUAUUAUGGUUGCGGGUGGAACGGAAGCUGCGGUCAAUGCUACUGGCGUUGGUGGGUUCAUUGCUUGUAGGGCCCUGUCCCAAAGAAACGACGAGCCCCAUAGAGCUUCUCGACCGUGGGACCAAAAUCGUGAUGGUUUUGUUAUCGGUGAAGGUUCGGGUGUCCUGAUUAUGGAAAGCUUGGAGCACGCAACAAAGCGCGGAGCUAAUAUAAUUGGCGAGUAUUUAGGAGGCGGCAUAACUUGUGACGCUCACCACAUGACGGAUCCUCGCAAAGACGGCCUCGGAGUCUCUUCCUGCAUAACCAAGUGUUUAGAAGAUGCGGGUGUUUCUCCCGAAGAGGUGAACUAUGUGAAUUGCCAUGCAACAUCAACUCUAGCUGGGGAUAUGGCUGAGGUUAAUGCCAUCAAGAAAAUCUUUAAGGAUACAUCUGGGAUGAAGAUGAAUGGAACCAAGUCGAUGAUUGGACAUGGUCUCGGAGCUGCUGGUGGAUUGGAAGCCAUUGCGUGCAUAAAAGCAAUCAACACCGGUUGGCUGCACCCUACGAUUAACCAAGUUAGGUUUAUAGGAUCAAACGAUUGUGCAUCCUAUAUAUGUGUUACAAAUCUGGAGCCUCAGGUCGACAUCGAUACAGUCCCAAAUGUGAAGAAACAACAUGAAGUCAACGUUGCCAUUUCUAACUCGUUCGGGUUCGGCGGGCAUAAUUCGGUGGUUGCGUUCGCUCCAUUUAAGCCGUGAGCAGAUGCCCAUUUCUAUUCAGACCAGACAAACAAUUUAACCAUAUUUGAUGAUCACGGUGUAACACUAUUUUCCAAAUUCAUGUAUUUGAUGCGAUUAACGAUCUAUCGGUCAAUAAGACAUUAAUUG